CUGGCAUCACGACAGAGACUGUGUUGUAUCUUGACUCCAAUUGAAUAUUCGAAAAAAUGCCUGAUGGAGAUUUCAGUGAUGCUCUGCAGACGGUGUCUCGAGCAAACGAUCUCUUCACAGCUGACAUGUUCAGGGUAUUGGCAGAAGAGCAAGGUAAUUUAUUCUUCUCACCCUGGAGCAUACAGGUAAUUCUGGCGCUAGCGUUUCUCGGAGCUGGCGGAAACACAGCCAAGCAGAUGGCGAGAGGUCUGCGUCUUCCUGAAGAUAAAAAUGCCACUGAAGAAGGUUUCAGUGAAAUACUGCAACAACUGAAGGAAUCCGACGAUGUUAUCCUUAGAGUAGCUAAUAGGAUAUUUGUGAAGCAGAAUUUUACCAUUAAAGAGCGGUUCAAGCAGUCAGCGAAGAAAUUCAUGGGUGCAGUGGAAGAGAUGGAUUUUCGGGAUCCAGGAGCGGCAGGUGUUAUAAAUUCUUUGGUAUCGGAGAUAACAAAUGGAAGAAUAAACCAAGUAAUAGGGCAGGAAAUUAAACAAGAAGUUGACAACAAUAAGACUUACUGGGAUGAAAAAAUUGAUAACAUUUUGUUGCAAGUCCAAGCAGUUAAUACCCAAGUGGGUGAUCUUUCGAACAGAGUUGGCAGUGUUGAGGAAAAAAUUGGAUCUGUGGAAGCAAAAGUAAAUGAAAUUGAUGCUAAGUUGAGUGAUGAAAUUAAUACUGUAAAAAAUGAGUUACUGGCAGAUAGGGAAAGAAAUGUAAUUGAUUUUAAUGAGAUAAAAUGGGAAAUUAAAAAUUUGGAUGAGAACACAAAAGUUUUAGUAAAAAAUGUAGAACAAAAAAAUUGA